AAGAAUUCAUUUCGGGCUUAAACCUUUGGACUUUCACAUGUAAUAAAUUAUUUUUAUCUUUAUUUUUCGAAUCUGAAUGUGCGCCGUUAUAACAUUCUCAGUAUAUUUAAAAAAAAAUUAAACAAUGCGAUAGGCUGGUAACACUGUCACCCAGCUGCUUUCGGCUGCUACAAACAAAAAUAACAACACUAACCAAUUGGAAGGCCCUUUGAAGAAAAAGCAACCAAAACGGUAAAAAAAUUAUAUAUUGCUAGCAUCAUUGGGCUGGGCCUAUUACUCCGCACAUUUAGCAUGGCCUGGCGUUCCGUGGGUGCAAACAAUGCUGAUCUUAUACGUCAGCUACGUGAUUACGGCGUAAUUGCAACCGAGUCUGUGGCAAGUGCAAUGUUAGCCACGGACCGCAAAUUUUACUCUCCCCGUAAUCCGUAUAUGGACUCGCCGCAGCCAAUUGGCGGCGGAGUAACUAUCAGUGCCCCUCACAUGCACGCGUUUGCUUUGGAAUAUUUGCGGGAUCAACUCAAGCCCGGCGCACAUGUCUUAGAUGUGGGCUCCGGAUCCGGGUACCUAACUGCCUGCUUCUAUCGUUACAUUAAGGCAAAGGGCGAAAAUUCUGACACUCGAAUUGUCGGAAUUGAGCAUCAGUCCAGUUUGGUGGAAAUGAGCAAAACUAAUCUGAACGCAGAUGAUCGCAAUAUGCUGGAAUCGGGUACUAUGCUUAUUGUUGAGGGAGAUGGACGUAAAGGACAUCCCCCACUUGCACCAUACGACGCCAUACAUGUGGGCGCAGCGGCGCCAGACACACCUACGGAGUUAAUAAAUCAAUUGGCAAACGGAGGUCGUCUAAUAGUUCCUGUUGGCCCGGAAGGUGGAACGCAGUACAUGCAACAGUAUGACAAGGAUGCCAAUGGCAAGAUACAAAUGACACGUCUGAUGGGCGUGAUGUAUGUGCCGUUAACGGAUUUACGAUCUUGACUGCAUUAUAUAUGGAAGGCGUUGGUAGUUUUGGUGCUGCUUGGUUACGUGCUCUACCGAAUUUUGAUAUAUUAUCAUUAGCUUUAUUUUAAACUAAUAAUAACGGCAUACCCUCAAGUUCGAGUGAUUCUCCAUUUUAAGCUAAAUUAAAUUUUAGUUGCCCAUAUAUAUAUAUUUGAUAUAAAUACAAUAAAUU